CGGAACUAGCAGUGCAUUACCUAAUUUUGUAGUCUUUUUUUACUUUUAAAAGUUUAUAUUAAUACUAGUUAGUAGACUAUGUUCUUUUCAAUAUUUCUUUUUGUUGUUGUUGUUUUUGCUAAUGUUAGGCUAAAUAUGAACAUAAGAGAAUUGUAGAGAAUAGGUGAACAACGUUUUAAACUUAUGUUUAUUAAUAUUACCAUUAUUACUAUUAGCUGCUUGAUGAAACUGAUAAUUUCUAAUUGCCAUAUUUGUUGAAUGUUAAUUUGUUUAAUUUAAAAAUUAAACGCAUUCAUUCAACUAAAGAUAAGUACAAAAAAUAGUGUAUACAGUAUAUUGAUUGGUGUAUGAUUAGGCUAAUUAGAUUUAAAGCCAAUACUAACUCUUAGUUUUCGCAACACUUUUAUUGUUAAUAAGACCUCAAACAGUGAAAUUUCUUAGAAAUGGCGGCUUAAUAAAUUAGCCUAAUAUUAAUAGUAAUAUACCUUAGUAUAAUAUAUCAUGCAGUGUUUCAAUUUCACUAGUGGUACUACUACUACUGUGUACUAAAGUUUCAGUUAUAAAGAAGUGUACAUUAAUUCUUAAAGUUUAAGGUAAUGACAAUAUUCUAUAACUAAAACGUUAGUCUAGAGUCUAGAUAGACUCAGUGAGAGUGCACUUAACAACAGAAUAGUGAAAUAUAUUUACAAGUUAAAUCAUACAUUGGAGAAGCCUAUUUUCAUCAGAUAUUCAGCUGUAACCACCAAUUGUUGUAGAAGAUAAAAUGCUAGGAGUUACAUCCCCAAUUAAUACUGCAAGCCCAAAACCGAUAGAAAUACAGAGAACAAAAGAACUUGAGGAAAGCCUGAAACAAUAUGGAUUGUUUGAAACAGAUGAUGAACUAACACACAGGAUGGAAGUAUUGGGAAAGAUUAACCAGUUGGUAAAAGAUUGGAUUAAGGAAGUCAGCUUAAGAAAGAAUUUGCCUUUAAAUGUUGCUGAAAGCAUCGGUGGGAAAAUAUUUACUUUUGGGUCUUAUCGCCUUGGUGUUCAUACCAAAGGAGCUGAUAUAGAUACUUUAUGUGUUGCACCACGACACAUUUACAGGUCAGACUUCUUCACCUCAUUUGUGGAAUUGUUAAAAGAGCAGCCUGAAGUUCAAGAUCUCAGGGCAGUUGAAGAAGCUUACGUUCCUGUGAUAAAAAUGAAAUUUGAUGGUAUUGAGUUGGAUAUGCUGUUUGCAAGAUUAGAGCUGAAAGCUAUUCCAGAAGAUCAAACUUUGCGAGAUGUGAAUCUUUUGAAAAAUUUGGACCCACGAUGUGUCAGAAGUCUCAAUGGUUGCAGAGUAACUGAUGAAAUUCUUAACCUUGUUCCAUGUAUUGAAAGUUUCAGGCUUUCUUUAAGAGCUAUUAAGCUGUGGGCCAAACGUCAUGGAGUUUAUUCUAAUGUGUUAGGUUACCUUGGUGGAGUGUCGUGGGCCAUGCUUGUUGCUAGGACUUGUCAACUUUAUCCAAAUGCUGCUGCAGCUACUCUAGUUCAAAAAUUCUUCUUGGUUUUUUCUCAAUGGCCGUGGCCAAAUCCAGUGUUACUGAAGCAACCUGAAGAAAAUAAACUAGGUUUUGUAGUAUGGGAUCCUAGGAUAAAUGUAGCAGACCGUUUUCAUCUCAUGCCCAUCAUCACUCCAGCGUAUCCUCAGCAGAAUUCAACCUUUAACGUUUCAAGCUCAACAAAGGAAGUGAUGCAAGAUGAAUUCAAGCAAGGUUUGGCAAUAACAGAUGACAUUAUGUUUGGAAAAGCAGAAUGGACAAAACUAUUUGAGCCUUCAAAUUUUUUCCUUAAAUAUAGGCAUUUCAUUGUUCUGCAAGCCACAGCAUCAUCUAAGGAUCAUCAUCUAGAAUGGCAUGGUUUAGUGGAAUCCAAGAUUCGUAUACUUAUUAACAACCUCGAAAAACACCCAUCUAUAGCAUUAGCGCAUAUCAACCCUGAAUCUCACUGCUCUUCAGAAUCAGAGGCAGAUACGUUUCAGUCCUUGUGGUUUAUUGGACUUCAAUUUGCCAAGACAGAAAAUCUCAACGUGGAUCUCACCUCUGAUAUUCAGUCUUUCACUGACACGGUCAUGCGACAAGCAACACAGAUAAACCUGUACAAGCCUGGAAUGAAGAUAGAAGCUAAACAUGUGAAACGGAAAGAAUUGAGCAGAUACCUACCAUCAAGUAUUUUAGUGAAACAAAAGAAGGCCCACAACAUGCCCUUGUUUUCUAACACACCACCUGAGAACAGCCUGAAGACCACCCCUAUACCAGAAUUUAAUGAAGACUCCAAUAAUACAUCUCAACAGAAUCAGUCUGUUUCUGAUCUUGCUCACACAUUGGAUACCAAAACACCAUCAGUUAAAAUGCAUAACAGAUCAAGUAUGGGUGUGCCAGACUUUGUUAGUUCUUCGGUUACCUCGGGACUGAAAAGAUCUCUAGAAUCUUCAGAUUUAAACUCUGAAAUCAAAAGAUUUCACUGUGAAAACUUAAACAAUAUAACUGCAGGAAACAAUUGCCAGGAUUCCUGUGUACCAUUUCUGGAAAAAUAUACUAGUAAACCUGAAGAAAGCCCUAAAAACUUCCAGAUAAGUGGAUUAGAAACAAAAUCUGUUGCUGGAAGCAAUCUUAAUACUUCUACACAGUCAAGGGAAAAUUUUGUAAAGGAGUUUGCUGAUACAAGCAUGGACUCUUCUAAUGUAAACAAUGGUUUAAAUGAGGUUGGUGGUACUACUCUACACUGCUUGACAGUGGUGUUCUCAAGUCUGAAGAUUUAUUGAGCAUCAUUCUUUUUGUGUGUAUGAAAGCAUACUUGUCUAGAGAGAUAACAUGUUAUUUUAAACAUCUUUCAUAAAACUGGAAUUAUUUUCCAUCAAAGUUCUGCCAAUAUUAUUAUAAGUAUUUUAUUAUUUACCCAUGAUUUUAAUUAAUCUUACACUACAGUUGGAAUGAGUACUCCCUAAGUACUUGUACUGCUUAUAGAAUGUUAUCACUACUUAUUUUAAUAGAAAUUUUGAAAAGUGAACACAUCUUUUACCUAUAAAACCAUUGUAAACAAAAGAUAUGAAUUACAUUAUUGUUUAUGGCUUUGUGGUUAUUUUCCAUGUGUUUUAGACAUCUGGUGUAGAAGAUGUGGACAACCUCUGAAAGCUGUGUCAAAACCUGCUAUGGUAAUACCUGAUGACAGUAUGGUAAGAAAGUUUGUUUUUUCCUAAUGAACAAGUUUGAAUUUUGUAUUGUUAAACCUUGAGUUAUCAUAUCACUUUUUGUAUUAGGAGAUGUGUAUAAAAGAACAGAUUAAACAGUUUUUUUUACUUAAAGUUCAAUGGGAUGUUGAUGAUAUUUUUAAGCAUUUGCUUGUAGAUUUCUGUAUUUUAUUUAUAUUAAAAGUUUCAAAUCAUGGUAUUCUUUGUUUCUAGUGUUUGUAAAUGUGCACUCUGUGCUAUAGUUCUUUAAAUAUUUGAAAUGAGUCACAGAAUUUGGUAUUUAACAUAUGUACAAAACGACAUUCCAAAUAACAAGAUUUAUGCAAGUUUUUUUUAUCUCUGAAAUCCUGUAGGUACAACAUUUUUUUAUGUUAUUACUGUGGUAAAAAUAAUUUAAUGAAUUAUUUAUUUAUUGUCUCAAUAUCACAAACUAAAGUUUGUCAUUAUGGUAAAAAAAAAUAAAAAUGACUUGAAGAUUUGAACAGCUACAUACAAAAUACAGUGGCCAAAAAACAAAAUGAAAAUAUAUGAAAUGGAUAAAAUAAUUAAAAAUACCUAUUUUCAUUAAUAAUUAUUUUUAAUGAAAGAAUCUGAAACAAAAAACUAAUAAAUGCAACAUAAAACAUCUACCACCAGUCUCUGGAAGAAUUUCUAUGUUAAAAUAUCUGUGUUUUGUUUAAUUGUUUCAUAUUUUUUAUUCAAGUUGAUCUAUCUUUCUUGUGGUUCAUUUUUGAUUUUAAUUCUGUAUAUUCCUUUUUUUAUUUUCGUUUGUUCAGUCAUUAUAGUAUACUUUUUGUCUCUUGAAUUCUCAUGACAUUUAGAAUUAGUUGAUUUGUAUGUGUUUAUGAAUAAUGCAUAAUCAAAUGAAAAGUUUCUGUCCUAAACUUUUUUAUUUCCGGCAUGAUAAAUCAUGUACAAAAUAAAUAAACUAACUAUACAACCCAUUAAUUUGUCUUGCAUCUGAAAUAGUUUUGUUGUGUUUCAUUGCGUAUUUUUUCUAUGUGUAUUUUAUAAUGGAAAUUACUGGAAUUUUAUAAAUAGAAAAAUUUUUUAGAAUAUUGGUGUUUGAAAAAAGAAUGGAAUUUUGAAUUGAGUUUUUAAUAUAUUUUUCAACAUUUUUAUUAUCUUAUUUAGAUACAAUGUAACAAACUGAAAUGUUAAGGUCUAUUUUCAAAAAGCAGUCAAGACUGUUUUUUGUUGAAAGAUUCAGUACUUAGCUUUGUUAAACAACAUACUUUAAUCUCUCUCUCUUUUUUUUUAGAAGCUCCAUACUAAAAAAAAAGAUGAUCCCUAUAGUAAGUUUGAGAGCAUGAUGGAUACAAAUGAGGUGAAACUAAAGUUGAAGUGACAGGUAGAAUAAUUAGUAUGAGGUUAAUUAUUCAGGACAAAUUUAUUGAUACCUCCCUUUCCUGAGACAAAGUUAUUGCAAAUCAUUUCAUUGAAAUGAGUUUUGAAGCAUCUAUGAAUCUUUCUGUUACUUCUUUUUUUUUAUUAACAUUAUUAUUUAAAAUAAAGGUCAUAUGAAAAUCCAACUAUAAAAAAUGUUUAAGGGAUGUUUUACUGAUGAUAAUAUUACUUCUCAGGCAGUUUCACAAAACAUUAUGGCUUUAUAUUGGUGUACGUAGUACUAAGUUAAGACAAGUAAGCUACCUAAAUCUAGCUAGUCCCUGAGACCAUUGGUUUCAGUCAUAAUCCCCACAAUUCAAGCUGUUGAUGCAAUGGCAAAAAAAGAAGUUUUUCUGGAACAUAUGAUAAUAUAUAUCAGGGAAUCAUGAAGAGCACAUGGUAGAUAUUAUCCAAAAGGGAUUAUUUGAAGAACUUGAAAAGCACAUGAAAAAUAACCUGGAAAACUUGGAGUUUGUAGCUACCUCUGUCUGUACAUUAUAACUUGCUUAAUGUGUGCUGACAUUCCCAGAAUGUAUUUUUCCAGUUUCUUUUAGUAACAAAGAUAAGGUAAAUCAUCCUAUCCUCAUAUGAAGAUUCUUCGUUAUAUUGUGUCAGCAUCUGAAGUACUGAAUGUGUUGAGCCUGGCUUAUUAGCCAGGUGAAUCCUUUUGUAAAAUAUUAUUGUAUUUUUCUACAAAUAACAUGUGGAUGAAUUGAAAAGUAUCAUCUGAGAGUGCUCAGAAUGUAAUCUUCUUUUGGAUCAAGGUUAGGAGUGGUUCUGGAUUGACAUGGACUAUUUAUCAUCAUUUUAUCCUGAGUUCAAAGCAGAAGAAAUCAGUCUGCUUGAGUUAUGAAGAAUUAUUUGGAAGAUGUAAUUGAUGGAUGAUUUUUUGAAACUGAGUGCUGUAUUUAUUUGUUUUUCCACAGUAAAAACUUUGUGAUUGCUGUAAUGGUGUAUGAUUUUUAAGGGUAAAUAAAGUUUAUCUUCUUCAA